AUGCCCUCUGCUUCUCUUCCUGGUCUCGAUCAUCUUCUUUACCAAACACUUAAGUCAAACAUCAGCCAACAAGAUCUCAUCAAAUACAGCACCUCCAAGCCGGUCGUCCACCAGGCCCCGGCCUCCAUCAGCAGCGCCUACUCGGCGUCGACAGGCUCCUACGCCUCAUCAAGAGGCUCCUCAACCCCUCGCUCCAUCUCUCCCGGCGACGAGGGCUACCUCCGCGUCUACGGCGCGGAUCAGCACCUGGCUGGCAUCAAGCAAGGUAGCGGCGUCACUGUCAUUAAUCGCAAGCAAUCCGGCUACGACGCCCACGCUCCAUCACCACACUACGGCGGCGGAUACUCGCGCCAAUAA